CGGUCUGUCAGUCGGCCUCGCAGUCUGCCUUUACUGCGACGCAUCCCUUCUUUGCAAUUCUGCCCUUUCUGCAAAGCGCGGGGUCUUCAAUUCUAGGACCAAGCAACCUUUUUGGGAUAGCACGACAGCAGGAAGCGGCCGUCCAGCCCGACUGCUCUGAUUCUUGCGACGAACCAGCUUUUGGUCCCCGUUCAGACCAGCAGUCGUAGUCGCCUUGCAGCUCUGCCAGCCUCAAGUGCAACAACUCACAUCCCCAACCAGCGCCAUGUUCAAAAACGCGUUCCAGUCGGGGUUCCUCUCCAUCCUCUACAGCAUUGGCAGCAAGCCGCUGCAAAUCUGGGAUAAGAAGGUCCGCAAUGGACACAUCAAGCGCAUCACGGAUAAUGACAUUCAAUCACUCGUGAUUGAGAUUGUGGGCACCAACGUUUCAACAACCUACAUCACCUGCCCUGCUGACGAGAAGAAGACUCUGGGCAUCAAGCUGCCCUUCCUUGUCAUGAUCAUCAAGAACCUCAAAAAGUACUUCACUUUUGAAGUUCAAGUCCUUGACGACAAGAACGUGCGCCGUCGCUUCCGCGCCUCCAACUACCAGUCCACGACGCGCGUCAAGCCCUUCAUUUGCACCAUGCCCAUGCGCCUCGAUGAGGGCUGGAAUCAGAUUCAGUUCAACCUUAGCGACUUUACCCGUCGUGCCUACGGUACCAACUACAUUGAGACCCUUCGGGUCCAGAUCCACGCCAACUGCCGCAUUCGUCGCGUGUAUUUCUCUGAUCGCCUCUACUCUGAGAAGGAGCUCCCGGCCGAGUUCAAGCUCUACCUCCCCGUCGCCUCCAAGGGUGGACGUGGCGGUCCAGCUGAGGCCCCUGCCGGGCCUGCCGCGGCUGCUGCGGCCGAUGCUCAGGUUUCAGCGGCACACACCAGCAGCGCACCACCGGAUGAGGAGUUGGCCGCUGACGAGGGGGGUGCUGAUGAUACCCAAGACUCGUGAAGCCUCUGAUUUUCCCGUGUCGUGUCUCUGUUUGGUUCGGUUCUCCGCUGAUCCAUGCAGCAAAACAAUACUCAAAGUCUCGUCCCUUCGUGCCGUGCUGUGCCAUUGGAUUGGCGCGCGUUCGGGGGCGCGAGUUUGGAAAGAGAGGCUGGUGAGGAGCAAAAGAAUAUUCCCUUUUUUUCAGAACCAGCUGCGCCUGGCUUUUGCUCCUGCCAUCCCCAUUGCUUGCUAUGUUGCUCCUUUUGAUGCCUUGAUUCCUGUGCUGUCGUUCUUGGCCCUCCGUACCUUUGUCGCUGCUCUGCUGCUCCUUUUCAUCUAUCAAUCCUCUCUCUGUACCUGCCCUACCCGGCCUCAUCG